AAUUUACCAAUUUUAACAGAAACGAAGCCACGAAGAGAAGAGAAAGAAGAAGAAAGACUCUAGAAAUUUCUCACAUAGGGUUUGGAUUUUUCGGGCAAUCUUCUUCCUCCGCCACUUCUUCUCGCGCGAUCUUGUUCGGAUCUCACUCGUUUUCAUGAUCAUCUUCUCCGACGACCUCUGAAUCCGCUCCGUUCUUUCUCGCCGCGCGUCUCAACUGGCAUCAUGAUCUCCGUGCAAGGCGAUCACCACCGCCACCACUACCACCACCAGCCGCAGCUUACCGGCUCCGCCGACACUUCUCGGCCGCCGAUUACCGGGGAUCGCGUCGAGCCGUUCUCCAUCAAGCAGGAACCCGCGUCGCUCACUCUUUUGCCGUUACGCGGUCAUGAUUCUAAUGAAGUUGAUGAAGAUUUGCAUUUGUCUCUUGCACAUCAAAUGUACAAGACUGGCAAUUAUAAGCAGGCCCUAGAACAUAGCAACACUGUCUAUGAGAGAAAUCCGCUCCGUACUGACAACUUACUACUCCUGGGUGCAAUUUAUUAUCAGUUGCAUGAUUUUGACAUGUGUGUUGCAAAAAAUGAAGAAGCACUUAGGAUUGAGCCACACUUUGCUGAGUGUUACGGCAACAUGGCAAAUGCAUGGAAGGAAAAAGGAAACAUUGACCUUGCAAUUCGCUACUACUUGAUUGCCAUUGAGCUUCGUCCCAAUUUUGCUGAUGCAUGGUCAAAUCUAGCUAGUGCAUACAUGCGUAAAGGAAGACUCACUGAAGCAGCCCAGUGUUGUCGUCAAGCACUUGCUAUAAACCCUCUAAUGGUUGAUGCCCAUAGCAACUUGGGUAAUCUAAUGAAAGCUCAGGGCUUGGUGCAAGAAUUCGAUACAGAUAUCAAGUUGUUGUCUUCAAGCCAGGACUCAGAUGAUGGUUGGUCUUGUUGUAACUUCCAUCUGCAAGACUGCAAAUAGUCAGAAUCUAACAUUUUGUGCAGGCAUACAGUUGUUACCUUGAGGCAUUGCGCAUUCAACCUACCUUUGCUAUUGCAUGGUCAAAUCUUGCUGGUCUGUUCAUGGAGUCUGGUGAUUUCAACCGAGCCCUUCAGUAUUACAAGGAAGCAGUGAAACUAAAACCUUCCUUCCCUGAUGCAUAUCUGAACCUUGGGAAUGUGUACAAGGCUUUAGGGAUGCCUCAAGAAGCUAUUGCAUGUUAUCAGCAUGCACUUCAAACACGGCCAAACUAUGGCAUGGCUUAUGGGAAUUUGGCUAGUAUAUAUUAUGAGCAAGGUCAACUGGACAUGGCAAUUUUACACUACAAACAUGCUGUCGCAUGUGACCCGAGAUUUUUGGAAGCGUACAAUAACUUGGGUAAUGCUCUGAAAGAUGUUGGCAGAGUGGAGGAAGCAAUCCAGUGUUAUAAUCAAUGCCUUUCAUUACAGCCUAAUCAUCCGCAAGCAUUGACCAAUCUUGGAAAUAUAUACAUGGAAUGGAACAUGGUGGCUGCUGCUGCUUCAUAUUAUAAAGCUACCCUGAGUGUAACCACUGGAUUGUCUGCUCCUUAUAACAACCUUGCCAUAAUCUAUAAGCAGCAGGGGAAUUAUGCAGAUGCCAUAUCAUGCUACAAUGAGGUCCUCCGGAUUGAUCCCUUGGCAGCUGAUGGGCUUGUAAAUAGAGGCAAUACAUAUAAGGAGAUUGGUAGAGUUAGUGAAGCUAUCCAGGAUUACAUACGUGCAAUUACUGUCAGGCCCACUAUGGCUGAAGCCCAUGCUAAUUUGGCUUCAGCUUAUAAAGAUAGUGGGCAUGUAGAGGCUGCUGUAAAGAGCUAUAGACAGGCAUUGAUUCUUCGUCCAGAUUUCCCUGAAGCAACUUGCAAUCUCCUGCAUACACUUCAGUGUGUCUGCUGUUGGGAGGAUCGCGAUAAAAUGUUCAAGGAAGUUGAAGGGAUAAUCAGGAGGCAGAUUAAUAUGUCAGUUCUUCCUAGUGUCCAGCCUUUCCAUGCAAUAGCAUAUCCACUUGACCCAUUGCUUGCUCUGGAAAUUAGCCGUAAAUAUGCUGCACACUGCUCUGUAAUUGCAACUCGUUUUGCUCUUCCUCCAUUCAGCCAUCCUGCUCCUAUUCCAAUUAAGCGGGAGGGAGGAUAUGAGAGACUCAGAAUUGGGUAUGUGAGUAGUGACUUUGGCAAUCACCCCUUGUCACAUCUCAUGGGAUCUGUUUUUGGCAUGCACAACAGGAAGAAUGUUGAGGUGUUCUGCUAUGCCUUGAGUCCUAAUGAUUGUACUGAGUGGAGACAACGUAUUCAGUCUGAAGCAGAGCACUUUGUGGAUGUAUCUGCCAUGUCAUCAGAUGCGGUUGCAAAAAUGAUCAAUGAGGAUAAGAUACAUGUACUUAUCAACCUUAAUGGUUAUACAAAGGGUGCCAGAAAUGAGAUAUUUGCCAUGCAACCUGCACCAAUUCAAGUUUCAUAUAUGGGAUUCCCUGGAACAACUGGGGCUACUUACAUAGAUUACUUGGUCACCGAUGAGUUUGUUUCACCACUGCGUUAUGCACACAUUUAUUCUGAAAAGAUCGUCCAUCUCCCCCAUUGCUACUUUGUAAAUGAUUAUAAACAGAAAAAUCAGGAUGUGUUAGAUCCAAACUGCCAGCACAAACGAUCAGAUUAUGGUCUACCUGAGGAUAAAUUUAUAUUUGCAUGCUUCAAUCAACUUUACAAGAUGGAUCCUGAAAUAUUUAAUACAUGGUGCAAUAUUCUUAAACGUGUACCCAACAGUGCACUCUGGCUCCUGAGAUUUCCUGCAGCAGGCGAAAUGAGACUGAGAGCAUAUGCUGCUGCGCAAGGGGUACAGCCAGAUCAAAUUAUUUUCACUGAUGUCGCAAUGAAGAAUGAACACAUCAGACGAAGUUCUUUAGCAGACUUAUUCCUUGACACGCCCUUGUGCAAUGCCCAUACAACAGGAACAGAUAUACUAUGGGCAGGUUUGCCGAUGGUUACUCUGCCUCUUGAGAAAAUGGCUACCAGGGUUGCUGGGUCACUCUGUCUUGCCACUGGAUUGGGGGAGGAGAUGAUUGUUAGCAGCAUGAAAGAGUAUGAAGAUAGAGCAGUAUCAUUGGCUCUGAAUCGUCCGAAGCUUCAAGCUCUUACCGACAAGCUCAAAGCUGUGCGCUUGACGUGCCCUCUAUUUGACACAACGCGCUGGGUGAGGAAUCUCGAGAGAUCAUAUUUUAAAAUGUGGAAUUUGCAUUGCUCUGGUCAACGCCCGCAGCAUUUUAAGGUCACUGAAAAUGAUCUCGAAUGUCCUUGUGACAGAUAGACAUAGGAAUUAGACGGGAAUGUAGAUACGAAAAUCAAGAGAAAGUCGUAGUUACCCACAAAGUUGAGGCGUAGGUACUCAAAAAUGUUGAUGGGUUAUUAGUUACUCAUUGUUGAUGGAUCACCUUGUAUUUAGUAAAGGAAGAAAAAGGUUGUGGCGUAUUCACUGUUGAUGCAAUACCUCGUAUUAUAGCAAGUAAAAAAUGUGGCCUACUUUUAUUUAUAAUAGAAAAAGCUUGCAUUUUGAAUUUUACC